GGACCUGACGGUGACGUCCCAUCAGCCUCUGCGGCUUCCGUUGUCUCUCUUUCUCUCGGCGCUCCCGGUCUGGUCGGGUGCCGCCAUUAGCCGACUGACAACAUGCCGGCCCUCAGACCCCUCAUCAAACCUAAGAUCGUCAAGAAGAGGACCAAGAAGUUCAUCCGCCAUCAGUCCGAUCGCUAUGUCAAAAUCAAGCGUAACUGGAGAAAACCAAGAGGUAUUGACAACAGGGUUCGUAGAAGAUUCAAGGGCCAGAUCUUGAUGCCCAACAUUGGGUAUGGUAGCAAUAAGAAGACAAAGCACAUGCUGCCUUCAGGGUUCAGAAAGUUUCUUGUCCACAAUGUCAAAGAGUUGGAGGUGCUGAUGAUGAGCAACAAGUCCUAUUGUGCAGAGAUUGCUCACAAUGUUUCCUCCAAGAAUCGGAAAGUAAUUGUGGAGAGGGCAGCUCAGGUUGCUAUCAAGGUUACCAAUCCAAAUGCAAGACUGCGCAGCGAGGAGAAUGAAUAGUUCUUACACAACAAUAUUUAAUAAAAUAUCAAAAGUACUGAAAA